AUGCCCACCCCCUCUGAUACGGAGGCUGAAUUGCCGAUUCGCCGGUCCGCGACCUUGCCUUCGAGAGUGAUCUCGCCAAAUACAGCCUCCAAUGGAGCUUCCAAUUCCUCUCAUGCUAAUGACAAAGUGUUAUAUUCGCAUCCAUCUGCAAAAAUCGUUCAUUUCUCUCCACAGACUCCUCCAGGACAGCUCCAGUCAACCCCAUCAUCUGCCGACUUCGACUAUCCCGUCGAUACUAUAGAGACCCUUCCUUGGCGAUCACCGACGGAGAGAACAGUUGCCGUUGGCCGUCUGAUACUUGAGCAGGUUCCCGGCUCUACAGUCUUUCUCAAGUGCGGAACUGUCGUCCGAGCAAUUUUGAAGAACUCUCAAUGUUGGUGUGUUGACGGAAAGUCGACAUUCGUCUUACGGAUCCGCGCCCUGACCUACUAUCGCAUUGAACUGCCGAAUGAGACAGAAGAGGAUGUGCGACGAGUGACGCAACUCAAAGAUGCUUUGUCGCAAUUCCUUCUCUACGAAGUCACCCCUUGCCCAUUCCAAAGGGGUUUCAGCGUCGAAAUACCGGUGGAAGCCAGGACUCCGAAGAAAAAGAAGGCUUGGCGGCCGAAGGAAAGGAGAGAAAGUGCUCCCGCCGAGACGCUGAAAUGGCCUGGGGAAAACUAUCUUCAGGGAACAGCGCAGCGGCCACGGAGUGCGGGCUACUCUGAUGGAAAUGUAACAGAUGACAGUGCAUCAACAUCUACGAAUCAGACCUUUUCGGAGUCUGACAACCCUUUUGACGACAUUAAGCCUUCUGCGCCGAUUGACAUUGACUUCAAACCUGGAUCCCCGAAGCGGUGCGUGACCGAACCACCGCGGUCUGUCAACGAUUUACUUGCGAGAUCCCAGCCCAUACCUGAAUCAGACAGUGAGGCCGAAGCAACUCUCUCUUCCAGUGCGGAAUCGUUCCACUCGUUCCGGGCCCCUGUCUCUCCGCUUCCGCCAUCGCCUCCUUCCACAAUUCCACCAUCGUCACCCACAGACCAAAGCUCCACUGAGUUGUUGUAUUCUCGUCAGCGCUCCAGUCGCCACAACAGAGAAAUAUCAGAAAUAACUAUUACUCCGGAAUUUACAUCUUCAGCUACACAGACGACUCCGACUCUGGAGAGGAGAAGUUCAGAGCCCCGCGUAGCUGAGGAGACUCGAGCAGAGCCUGUCCCAGUCACCGUCUCGGCGUCGCCUUCUCUUCCGCAGUCGUCAGAUGCCGUAGCAACCGGUGUGAAUGUCGCACACGGCGAGGCUAAUGUCAACGACACUAAUACAGCGACUCUCCGCCCACUGAACGCCUUAAGGAAACGUGAGCUCUCUCCUAUGCCUCCUCCCUCUACGUUGUCCUAUCCGGCGGAAAAAGACUCGAAGAAAAAUUUGACGGUCACUAUCUUUCAGAAAACUUUCUCACUGGUUCUUGUGCCGCCAAUCCUGCUUUUGUUGUUGCUCAUUCAUAUUGCGGCACGAAUCGCAGCAGGUCACACUUUGCAGUCUGCCGUUUCAGACUCUAGUCCAAAGCUCAAGGCCAGCCUCAUUGACGAUGAUGGGGAUUCUGAGGACGACUUCGGUGUGCCUACCACACCCGGCCAGUCCCGUCAAGAGGAUGGCAGCUGA